CUGCCGGUCCCAAGCCCGGAUAAAAGAGGAGGGUUCAUCGCGGGGCUAACCACCCAGCAUGGGAAAACAGAUAUGGUUACGAACACUUCCACAACAGAAAAUACCGGAACGCUCAAAACAAGACGACCCAGGCUGAAGAAAAUGGACAACCGAUUUAGCAUGCGAUUUGGAACAUGGAACAUACAGACGAUGCUGCAGGCGGGAAAGAUGAUGGAGGUUGGAGACGUGCUCUGUAGGUACAAUUUGGACCUAAUCGCCCUACAAGAAGUACGGUGGAGUGGGACUGGUCAAAUUGAAAAGCAAAACUUUACGUUAUACUACAGCGGUGCCACCAAACAGGGUCUCUAUGGCACGGGAUUUAUGGUCGGUCGCAAACUUAAGCGGAGCAUUUUGGGUUUCGAACCCAUCAGUGACAGACUAUGCAGCAUCAGAGUUAAAGGCAAACUUUACAACUCUACCUUCAUCUGCUGCUAUGCUCCUAUUAACGAUGCCGCCGAUGAAACCAAAGAUCAGUUUUACGGCGAUCUUCAAAACGUCAUAGAGAAAGUCCCUAGAUACGACGCCCUUAUAGUCCUCGGAGAUGUCAACGCACAAGUGGGCAAGGAACAAGCCUUCGGGGAAGUAGCUGGCAAGCACUCGCUGCAUGAUGUCACGAACGACAAUGGCGAACGAUUGUGUUUCUUUGCCGCUGCCAAUAACUUGUUCAUUUCCAGUACUAAUUUCCCACAUAAGGCUAUUCAUAAAGGCACAUGGAAGGUCCCAGGAACAGAUAGGGUCAACCAGAUUGAUCACAUACUGAGCAGUAAACGCAGAAUGUCAAACAUACUUGACGUAAGAUCAUACCGCGGUGCUAAUUGUGAUUCAGAUCAUUUCCUGGUGGUUGCAAGAGCAAGAUUUAGGACUCAAACCGAGCAGUGCAAAAGCGAAAGAAGAAUCAGAUGGGCAACGGAAAAACUCAAAGACGGCGAAAUUAACACCAAAUACAAGCAUGAGAUAGCAAAACAGCUUGAACUACGACUGCCGCAAUCCGACAUUGAGCUGGAAUGGAAUAGCAUAAAAGAUGGUAUAUUGGAAGCGGCAAAGGAAAUGAUAGGAGAAAAACAGAGAGUCCGACCUGAAGAGUGGUAUGACGAAGAAUGUCGAGAAGCCUUAGAGCGGAAGAAUGCGGCUCGAUUAAUUUACCUGCAGUCAAAGUCUUCGACGCACAAGGAAAAAUUCAAGGAAGAAAGGGAUAAAGCGCGUAGGCUUCUGAAGCGCAAGAAAAAGGCGAGUGAGCUAAGGCAAAUGCAAGCACUCGAUGAUGCGGGAACUAGGGGUUCGGUAAGAACCUUCUUCAAAAAGGUCAAUCUUUUGCGUAAAGGAUUCCAACCCAGAACUAAUAUCUGUCGUGACGGGGAAGGCAAUGCAUUAACUGACAAAACCGAGAUCUUAAAGCGAUGGCGGGAGUAUUUCGACAAUCUGCUUAAUGUGGGCAGUGAAGCUGCAGACCGCAUUACAUUUUAUGACGUGGAGCAGGAAAUUAACCCACCAACCGUUACGGACGUCGAGAAAUGCAUUAAAUACCUUAAAAACAACAAAGCAUCGGAUUUCAAGCAGGCCUUCGAUAGCGUGAACAGACAUAAGAUCUUUGAUGCCAUGAGGUUGCUGGGAAUCCCAAGUAAACUAGUGCGCCUGGUUGAGGCUACUAUGUGUAACUCGAAAUCGGUAGUAGCUAUACAAAAUGACAUAUCGGACCCGUUCGAAAUACGCUCAGGAGUCAGGCAAGGAGAUGCCCUAUCUACUGUUGUCUUCAACCUUACGCUGGAGGCAGCCAUCCGAAACGUAGGAGUAAAAGGGCUUUUAGACUAUAACACCAGUCAGCUAGCCGCCUAUGCGGAUGAUAUCGUUAUCACAAGCAGGUCUCAAAGCAGCAUGAUCAGACACACCACAACUCUCCAGAUGGAAGCGGCAAAGUAUGGAUUGAUGGUUAACGCAAGCAAAACGAAGUACCUUCAUAGCACGCGCAACCCUCGUCCACUACAGGAUGUCACCAUUGGAGAUGAUACAAUUGAAGGAGUCAGCAGCUUUAAGUACCUGGGGUCGAUACUGUCCAGCCGGAAUAGGGUUGGAGAUGAGGUGAAUGCCAGAAUCAUGGCUGGCAGUAGAUGCUUUUACUCUCUCAGCAAACUUUUCCGAUCAAAAUAUCUUAGUGCAAAUUCCAAGCUGUCUAUCUAUAAGACCAUAAUACGCCCCGUCACCACCUAUGGGUGUGAAGCAUGGUCACUAACAGCUUUGGAAACCCAAAAGCUCGCCGUGUUUGAGAGGAAAGUUCUGCGCAAAGUGUUUGGGCCAGUGAAAGACGCAGACGGUGACUACCGUAUACGCAUGAAUCACGAGCUGGAGGCACUCAUGAACCGAGAAACAAUCGUCCGAUUCAUCAAGUCACAGCGUCUGAGAUGGGCUGGGCACGUAGAGAGGAUGGGCAAAAACAGGGCACCCAAGAUUAUGACCGACUGGAAGCCGCAGCAAAGGAGACCUAGAGGAAGGCCGAGAAAGAGAUGGUGCGACUGCAUCGAAGAUGAUCUCAAGGCUCUGAAAUGUUUUACGAACUGGAGAAGGACAGCCAAGGAUCGUCGCGCAUGGCAGUCUAUUGUGGAAGAGGCCAAGACCCACAAAGGGUUGUAG